AUGGAUUUGGAGGCCAACUUGGAAAAACUGAAGCUAGAAGCUGCUAGGAGACAGCAUCACUCAUCUCUAGUGGGACAGAUGUUGUUCCUGAAAGGUUUGAAAGAAGCUGUGAAAUCUGACAGCAUUAUUGUGGCAGCCCUUGGUGGAGAGGCAAAUUUGUAUUGCAACUUCUCGCUCUGGAUGGAUAUUUUGCAAGUCACUUGGCAGAAGAUAAACGGGUCUUCCUUCCAGAACAUAGCCACCUACAGCCCAAACCAUGGGCUGAGGCUGAUAGGGUCAUUUCAGAAGAAGGCGCAUUUCACUAGAGCAACUCUGGAGGCCUCAGCUAUCACACUCCAAAAUCUCACAUUCAAGGAUGAGUCCUAUUACAGAUGCAUUUUCAACGUGUUCCCUCAUGGCUCUUUCAGCAAAGAUAUAUGCCUCGACAUCCAAAGUGUUCAGAAGAGCGAAAUCAUCAUGGCGGUCUUAAUAGCUGUGGUGUUCUUAAUAGUCUUGAUAUAUUACAUCAGGACACUAGUCAACAGAAGAAGGAAAAAACUGAAGAGACAUAGUGCACCCAGAACACCUGCAAUGGAGAAAGACUUACAUCAAGACAUAAGCAAGAAAGCCGUGAGCCUGCACACACCGAAGGACCAGCACGUUGUUUACCAAAAUGAGGCUGACCCUACCGCUCUCCCAGUGCCCCAGCUAGUCCUGGACAACCCAUACGUCACACUUCUGGUGGACUAA